AUGUCUGAACAAUCUCUCCAUCCUGCGGAAGCGUCGACAAAUCUUCGCAUGGCACCAUUUCUUGGACUCAACGAAGACGAAACCAAGCUGGUGUACUUAUGCCCAGACGAAGAGAUCUUGCCCACGACAAAGCGAUUAGAUAAACCGCAGCCACCAUCUACCAUCGCACAUCCGACUCACAGCAUGUAUCGGUCGGCGAAAGAUAUUCUCGAUUCCAGGAGAUAUAAUGAAAUAUUUGAUCUGACCGCACAGCUUCCUGUGGACAUAUGCACAACGAUUUACAAGCUAGUUCUUCCUACCGCACCAGAACAUGAUUCGUUUUACGAUAUUCAUCAAGAAAUGUAUCUCAAGCUUUACAGGACGACUUUAUUGAAGCUGGCGACAGUCUGCCACAGAUGGCGAUUGAUUAUCAUUAGGACACGCUGGUUGUGGAACCUCGUUCCUCUUGUCUUUACCGCCAAUAAUUUGGGGUCCGCUACCGCCUUAGCCAAGCUCUGGCUUUCGCGAACUGGUCGCCUCCCGCUAUCAAUCAAUAUAUAUAUUCCCCACGAUCCUGAGAUCGAUUGGACCGCAAAGGACAACGAAAAAAUCUCAGAGUUCCGUAAAUUCAGCGACGUGAUUAACGCCUGUUCUGACCGCUGGAAUUGCCUGGAUCUUAGGGUACCUGGUGCCCUACUGAGCAACUUUGUCGGCCGACCCAAAAAGCUCGAAAUGAUUUGCGUGGGCAGUACCACUCCUGAGCCAUAUUAUAACGACUAUGUUGCACUCGCUACGAAAACGAAUGACGAAGAGAAACCGACUCCGACAAUCCUCGUUAUUUCCCGCGUGCAGUUUGAGGCGAUCGACGCGUCGUGGGCAAAACUUACUCGAGUUACUGGAAGGCAUAUUUCGAUGUUCGAUAUCUUCGAUAUACUGGAGCAAGCGACUCGUUUGGAGUUUUUCGAAUUGGAGUGUGUCAUUUGUGACAAUUACUCGAUACAAAAUGCAUGGGCCACCACGAUCACCCACCAACAUCUUCGUUUCCUGAAAAUUAUCGAUGUCCGCACAAGCGCGCUCAAGUGGCUUUGCGCUGACAAUCUGAUUACUUUCCCUUGUCUGAACAUGCUACAUAUCAACGUACAACGAGGUGACUUUCUCCCCACAUUUUACGACUUUCUACAUCGCUCGGGCGGCAACGUGCAGCACAUGACGUUUAUCGCUCCGCUCUCGGACAAAGUACUCUUUUCUAUGCUUUCAAAUUUGCCAUGUUUGCUGCACCUUGACCUGGGCGCAACAUUGUUUUCGGAGCGUGGUUUCACAGCGGAGAGAAUUCUGACACACCUGUUGCAACAUCACGAGCGAUACAUCAAGGCCUUUAAAUCUGCGACGGGGGAACUGUUGGGCGUCUGUGUUCCCGAGGUGCCUCUAUUUGUUCCUGUUCUAAAACAUAUCAGGUAUCGCACGAUGGUACAGGAGGAGUACAUUCGCAUCUGUAAUCUUGUGGAAGGGCUUGAAGAGGGUUCUCAAGAGGAACCUGCUGAAAAAGGGCCUGGCAUGGGUACGGCAAUGCAGGGGACGCUACAAGGUGGAGCAGGUCCGUCUGACGCUAUCGACCAUCCGGAAUUAGAAGAUGGAGUGUCAGUCGUGUAUCUCGAACUUUCAUCCAGCUUGGGAAUCGAGGUGGUCUACGAUGACCCAUCUGUCGAAACUAUAGGAGAAAAAAUUGCUGGAAUGAUGGUUGAAGUACCCGCGAAGGAUCAGGCGAAAGAAGGAUCUUUUUAG